GAUGGCCUUGUGCAAAGGGCCCCGCACCCGCCUGCCGGUGGGCGCCAGCGCCCUGGGCUUCUUUGUCCUCGGCUGGCUCUACAUCUUCCCGGUCUACCGGCUGCCCGACCAGAAGGCGAUCGUGCAGGGGGUCUUGCUGCAGCAGGGCAGAGCCUGGAGGAGGAACCUCACCGCCGCCGCCGGCUUCAGGAAACUACUUGAAGAUUGUUGUGACCCCGCUCAGUUCUUUGCUAUGACAAAACAGAAUUCUCCUGUGGGAAAGAAUCUCUGGUUUGACGGGGAAUUUCUAUACUCCUUCACCAUCGACAACGAAACAUUCUCCCUUUUCCCCAAGGCAACCCCAUUCCAGCUGCCAUUGAAGAAGUGCUCCGUGGUGGGAAACGGUGGGAUUCUGAAGAGGAGUGGCUGUGGCAGACAGAUAGAUCAAGCGGACUUUGUCAUGCGAUGCAACCUUCCUCCUCUGUCCAGACAAUACAGCAGAGAUGUUGGGUCCAAGACUCAGUUGGUAACAGCCAAUCCCAGCAUCAUUCAGAAAAGGUUUCAGAACCUUCUGUGGUCUCGAAAGGCCUUUGUGGACAGCGUUAAAGUCUACAACCAGAGCUACAUCUAUAUGCCAGCCUUCUCCAUGAAAGGGGGGACUGAGCCAUCACUCCGGGUUUAUUACACCCUAGCAGAUAUUGGUGCCAAGCAGACCGUGAUCUUCGCUAACCCCAACUUUCUGCGUGAUACUGGAAAGUUUUGGAAAAGCAAAGGAAUCCAUGCUAAGCGACUGUCAACUGGCCUCUUCUUAGUCAGUGCAGCCCUGGGCUUGUGUGAAGAAGUAACGAUUUAUGGGUUUUGGCCUUUUUCAAUGGACCUGCAUGGGAAAUUUAUCAGCCAUCAUUACUAUGACAACGUCUUGCCGGAUUCGGGAUUCCACGCUAUGCCGGAGGAGUUCUUACAGCUUUGGUUUCUUCACAAAAAUGGAGUGUUGCGAAUGCAGCUGGAACGUUGCGAGGAUGACCCUUUAUCUCAUUCUGCUGCUUGA